UACGAAAGGCUUAUUCUCCAAAGAUGUCAGUUGAUGAAAAGGCUUUGGAGGCACUCGGUGAUGACUUCUACGUGGCAAUCUCUGAUCUGACGAAUAACUCGAGACCCAUGAUAACGUCGUUCACGUUACUUGCGCAGGAGAAUAUCGAUGCUGCUGAAUAUUUAACAAGAGCUGUAGAGAAAAGAAUUGAGAAAGCCGUUCCGCAUCAGAAAUUAUACGCUUUAUACCUACUCGACUCGAUCUGCAAAAACGUUGGUAGUCCAUAUACACUUUUAUUUGCUCAGAAGAUAUAUCAGACUUACACACAGGCAUAUCUACUAGUUGAUGACCAAACUAGAAAGAAAUUCAUUGACUUGUUCAAGACCUGGAAGAACGCAAAGACAUCAAGUGGAUUGCCGUUAUUCCCAGAUGAACCAAUGGCCAAGAUUGAGCAAUUCUUGGUGAGAGCCACGGCGAUUCAUCAACAGAGCUCUGCUAAAGUUAACGUAGCUAUGCUCUUACAGACUAUUGACAAGUUACUGUAUCUAACCAAUCAGAGACUGCUGCGUUCCCCCAAUGAUCAGUCCAUCCCUGCGAAGAUUGGAAUUAUUAAACAGCUCAAAUUUGCGUUGCAAAACGACAGAUCAAUGACUCAAGAUGCACUGGUAGGUGUUAAGAGACAGCUGGACGAAAUGACGACAGCGGAGGAGAACUCCCUUAGAAGUACACCACCCAUCAAAUCACCACCUUUGAGUAACCCACAGCCAAAUUUGCAAAACAUCUUCAAUUCUAUACAAAAUCCCACUGCAACGUCUCUGCAGACGCAGGAUACAGGUUAUAACAAUGUUGAAGAUAAGACAAAGAAUCUAACGUUACUGAAUAGUAUGAUCAACUUGAAGGGAAGUGCUAUUAGAACUCCUACACCAACACAGACCCAACAACCGGUGGUGAAGAAAAAUAACUUAACCUCUUUGCUUUCGUCUCUAGAAAAGCAAGGACUUGUGAAGAAGAAGACACCUUCUCCACAUGAAGUACCUUCAACGUCGUUGUUAAACUCAAUAUUACAAAAGACCAAAAUCGCCUCAUCGAAUCGUCUAAACACUGUACAUAAGUCACCAUUAGAGGAGGAACUUGAAAAGUUCGACAUUAAUGCAAAAUUUGUGUCUUUAGAUCCUACAUCGACUUAUACAGCACUAUUUGUGUCGAGAAAGACUCAUAAAUGUGGUACUUGUGGUAAAAGGUUUGGAGAUUCACAGCAGGAACAGGCAAAGAGCCGUGAUCAUUUAGAUUGGCAUUUCCGUAUAAACAAAAAGUUGAAAGAAGGUGCUAUUGUUCAAAGCCGUAAUUGGUACUUGGAUGAUGAACAAUUUGUACAAUUCCGUGAUGAGGACAUGUUUGGUUCUGGUGAACAAGAGGAUAAAACUACAACGGAAAAGAACAAUGCCGGUUCGAAAGAGCGUCAUUACGUUGUCGUUCCAAGUGAUUCUGAAAUGAGCUGUCUCUGUGGUGUUUGUAAAGAAGUUUUAAAGGCCAGGUACGAUGACGAUUUAGGAGAAUGGAUUUGGGAUGAUGCUGUCAAGAAGAAUGGACGUAUAUUCCACUAUUCUUGUUAUUCCGAAACAAACACAAGCUCUUCUUUAGCAAGCAUCGUUGGUGCAAAGAGGACCCGUGACUUGAGUUCACUGGACUUUGAUAUGAUAAGAAACGUUAUGAAAAACGUGAAGCUCGACGACAGGUCAAAGGUUAAUACAAAGGGCUAGACUUGACGCAGCUUUGACUAUUAUAAAUGUUUAACCCUGCA